GUGUCUUUGGCUGAGAUGGAAGACACCCUACAGGACCUUUUUCAGGGCUAUCAGAAAUGGGUGCGACCUACACAGCAUUCCAACAAGACUGUCAAAGUGCGCUUUGGUCUGAAAAUAUCACAGCUUGUAGAUGUUGAUGAGAAGAACCAGCUUAUGACAACUAAUGUGUGGCUGCGGCAGGAGUGGGCCGACUAUAAACUGCGCUGGAACCCGGAGGAUUAUGGUGGUAUCACUUUCAUCCGAGUUCCUUCAGAGAGCAUUUGGCUGCCUGACAUUGUGCUAUACGAGAAUGCUGACGGACGUUUUGAGGGCUCGCUCAUGACCAAAGCUAUUAUAAAAUAUAACGGCGCAGUCACCUGGACGCCUCCAGCCAGCUACAAAUCAGCCUGUACUAUGGACGUGACAUUUUUUCCAUUCGAUCGCCAGAACUGCACAAUGAAAUUCGGCUCAUGGACUUAUGAUGGCGAUAUGGUGGAAUUGGUUCUUGUAAACCACCAGGUGGACCGCAGCGACUUCUUCGACAACGGCGAAUGGGAAAUUCUUAGCGCCACAGGAGCCAAAGGCAGCCGACAUGACGGCACACUGUCCUACCCCUUCAUCACCUACUCCUUCAUCCUUAAGCGUCUCCCUCUCUUCUACACACUCUUCCUCAUAAUCCCCUGUCUCGGCCUGUCCUUUCUUACAGUUCUGGUGUUCUAUCUUCCAUCAGACGAAGGUGAGAAGGUGACGCUGUCCACUUCUGUGCUUGUCUCGCUCACUGUCUUUCUCUUGGUCAUCGAGGAGAUCAUCCCAUCUUCAUCUAAGGUUAUUCCGCUGAUUGGCGAGUAUCUGCUGUUUAUUAUGAUCUUUGUCACGUUGUCCAUCAUAGUGACCGUGUUUGUCAUCAACGUGCACCACCGGUCCUCAGCCACCUACCAUCCCAUGGCACCGUGGGUUCGUGUGCUCUUUUUACAGCGCCUGCCUCAGCUGCUGUGCAUGCACACUCACACAGAGCGAUACCUUUACCCUGAGCUAGAGCCUCAUAGCCCUGACUUCAAACCACACAUCAGAAAAGCUCCACCAGGCCCUGGGGGAGAAGGUCAGGUUCUGGUCAACAUGCUGGAAAAGGCCACUUUCGCCGUUCGAUACAUCUCUCGCCAUAUCCGAAAGGAAAACUUCAUCAGAGAGGUGGUGCAGGACUGGAAGUUUGUGGCUCAAGUGUUGGACAGAAUAUUCCUCUGGGUCUUCCUCAUUGUGUCUAUAUUAGGCACCAUCCUCAUCUUCACUCCUGCUCUAAAGAUGUAUUUACUCUCUUCAUCUCCUCCUUUAGCUCCAUAG